AUGAGUGGAAGUCAAGAUCAAUCAGUCAAAGAAUUUUGUCAUGAGCUUCACUCUAUAUUGGACUCUCGUCCAUCGAUAUCGAAAGCGAAGAUGAUGUCAAUUACUAAAGCUGCGCUGAAAGCAAUGAAAUAUUAUAAACACAUUGUAAUGAACGUGGAGAAAUUCAUCACAAAAUGUAAACCAGAGUAUAAAAUUCCGGGUUUAUAUGUGAUCGAUUCCAUCAUCCGACAAAGUCGACAUCAAUACGGAGUAGACAAAGAUGUUUACGGACCGCGAUUCGCCAAAAAUAUUCUUUCGACACUGCAUCAAGUGAACAAAUGCUCCAGCGAUGAACGACCUAAAAUCACUCGUGUGUUAAACCUAUGGGAAAAGAAUGCCAUAUUUCCAACUGAUCUAAUUAAACAACUCUUUGAAGUUCAACAAUUUAAUGGAAACAUCGAGGAUUUAUCAGCGACAGCUGUACUACCAGAUGAUAAACAAAGUGGUGAAAUAUCUUCGAGCGAAAAAGGAUUAGAUCGUUUUCGAGAAUUACAGGAAACUUUGUUACGCGCAUCGGCGAAAGGAGAUCCAGAUACAACUUCAAUUUUAACAGAAAUUCAACAAAUUACUAAUCAACUAUUAGAAUCUCAGAAAAAAUCCACGACAAUCAAUAAUUCAGGUGAUGAACCAUCGUCAACUACAACAUCGAGUUCAAAUCUACUCGAACCAAUGCAAUCCAGUGUUGCAAAUGUUCUCGAUGAUUUCGAUUAUGGUUCUGAUAAUGACGAAGACGAACCUCGGCGACCAUCGACUACUAAUAUUCCAUCAACAGUGCCCGUGCCAACUCUCCCUCCACCCAUGCAAUACUUUCAGCCCCAAUCGGGAAUUUUAAUCAAUCCUAAUCAUGCAAAUACAGUAGCGUUUUCGAUGCCGAAUGCGAACAAUAUUCCAAUCCCGAUGGCGUUUGAUCCAACACAGCCUCCACCCAUUUUCUAUCAACAGCCAUUACCAUCUUCAAUGUCUACUCAACAGCAACAACUGCCACCACCGUCACAAAUCAAUUACGAUCGUACGCGUUCAACAAUACAUCAGGCGACCGAUGUUGAUCUACGUCCGGAAGAUAUGGAUGCAGAUAAACCUGAUCAGCAUCGUCAUACUCAUAUGUCUUUAUCGCCGUCACAUCGUCAGUACAAUCGUCGUCGUUCACGCUCGCGAUCACAGGAACGAGAUUCGAAACGAACGCGUUCAUCAUCGAAUUCAAUGGAUCGUCGUGACUCGGCAACUACACGUUUACAAGAAGCAGAAAAACGCGAACGUCAACGCAAAGGUCUUCCACCACUUAAAGAAGGUUUUCUUGUUGUGAGCUCACGAACACUAUGGCUUGGUCAUUUACCGAAAAUUAUCAGUGAAAUUGACCUUCGCGAAACUUUAGAACCUCACGGAAAAAUCGAAGAUAUAAACAAUAUUCCUCCACGCGGUUGUGCAUUUAUUUGCUUCAAAGAACGAUCAGAUGCAGCUCGGUGCUUAGAAAAGAAACGUGAUUUUCGCUUCCAUGGAAAUCCAAUCAAGAUUGCAUGGGGCAUGAGCAAAGGUGUCAAAGACCGUUUCAAACACUAUUGGGAUUCCGAACAUGGAUGCACUUAUAUACCAUAUACAGAACUAAGAGAUAUCUCUAAUUUACAAACGAUAUCCGAAGGUGGAACAAUUGAUGAAGCAUCGAUGCCACCUGCCUUGAAAUCAGCAUCCUCAUCAUCACAAAUUCAGCAACCACCUUCUUCGAUGGCUCAGCCGCCAGCAUUUUUCCAGCCACAGCAAUCGUUUCCUCAGCAUGAAUUUCAAACGAUGCCACCCACUCAACCAACGGUUCACAUAGAUGGAGCCAAUCAUAUGCCAUCAGGUCCAACUAUUCUAAUGGCACCAGGUCGUGAACCAUCCGUACAUGUCGGCGUACCCGUUCAAAUGAUGCCACCCGGUGCGCAGAUUAUACAAGUACAACAACAUCCUCAUGGACAACCUGUUCAAGUUGUUCAGCAUAUUACCGGUCAAAUGUAUCCUAAUAGUCAGAUUGUUCAUCAGAUGCCUUAUGGUCAUGUUAUCGAAGGCGCUCCUCCUAGACAUGCAAUACAAUUGCAACCUCAUCCUGCUGACUUGAAUGGACUCAAUCCACAAGUAACAUUCGCUCCAAGUGGUGGUGGGAUACGCCUAUUAACCCAUCCAAGUUCAGUACCAACUCAUCAUCAUUUAGUUGGACAUACCGCAGUAGGAGCAGGAGUUCCGUUAACUACCACCAUCGCUCAUACUCUCGAGGGACAUUCCCUCAUGGAAUUCCCGAAUAAUCGACGAGCGUCACCGCCACAGGCGAUCUUACGACAUUUCACUGAGCAUCCACCUCCUCUAAUGCCAACACCAGACGAAACGUUAGUUCUUCUUUCACAAUCACAUCCUGCUCCACAUCAACAACAAUUCGCAGGUGGUAUAAUACAAGCGUCCACGUCUUCAUCUUUGCCGACAGCAAACGAGAACAAUGAACAUCAAAAUCCAUCGACUUUUUCCAGACCAUUGAAUCAUUUUCAGCAACGUGACGGUUCCAGACAACCCAAUGACAAUAAUACGAGUUUUCCCGGUCAUCGUGGUGGUGGUGGUCAUCCUAAUUUCGAUGGUCGAAUGGAUGCUCGAAAUGCACCGAGAGACUCCAUCCGAGGACGCGGCAAUUAUAUAGGAGGACGAGGUUUCAAUAGUAACAAUAAUCGAUCGGAUCAGAAUACUAAUAAUCGUGGAACAUUUCAUCGAGGAGGUCAUGGUGGAGGUGGCAAUAGUUCGCAAGGUUUUCGAGGACAAAUGAGAUUUCCUGGUCGUGAUAAUCAUCGAGUUAAUAAUGAACACAAAUACUCAUCCCCAGAUCGAAGUCCUAACCAUCACCCUCAUUCAUUGUCUCGUCAUGAGGAUAAAUAUUCAGAUAGAUACUCGUCCAAAUCAAGUGGAUUUUCAGCUCCACCUACCGAUGGCUAUUCUCAUCGUUCAAUACCAGUCGAAGCAUUGCGUCGAAAAGAUCCGUCAACUUCGGAUGUACUACCGUACAAUGACUCACAUCACAAUUCAACAAAAUCUUCAUUAAUCAUCGACGUAACGUCAACUAAUCGAAGUGGACAUCCCGAAUCUUAA